CAAUGAAGCCAGUCAAACAAACGGGGCUGGGCAAUCGAAGUUGGGACAAUUUACGGAGGUUUCUGUGGCAGGAUAGUCGACGACAAUAAGGAUGUGUAUACAGCUAAUAUGUAUAUAAUUGUAUUGUGUCCUUCAGCGGAGUAAGGAGCAUAUUCAUGCCCAAUCAUUUUCUACUUAUACAAGGAGUUUUAUGUAUUUCUCUAGACAAUUGUAGCUCCACUGAAGAAAAGAAAACUACCCUCCCGGUUCGAAUUGAGGAUGAUUUUUGCUAAUUCUGGAAACCCACUAAGGACUCCGUAUCGCAAACAGCCACUUGUUGCCCCGUCGUCACACCCCAUGGCGCCGCCCAGCCCGAGCAACCACAGCAGCAGCAGUAGCACUGCGGGCUGGGACCAGCUGAGCAAAACAAACCUCUAUAUCCGAGGCCUGUCCCCUUCAACCACAGACCAUGACCUGGUCAAGCUCUGUCAGCCGUAUGGUAAAAUUGUAUCAACAAAGGCCAUCCUGGACAAGACUACAAACAAAUGUAAAGGUGUGUGAAGUUGAUUUUCUCUUUACAGCACUGCCCUCUUUUCGCUCUCCUCUGAUUAUAUGUGUAGCAAGGAAUUUACCUGGGGGACUUUCAACACCUCAAUUUCCCAAUGUUCUAAAAAAAUUGGUCGACUUCCAAUAUGUCAAAACAUUCAUUCAACAGCCAUGCAGUUGUGUCAGAUGAUCUGGGCAAGUCAGGAAACAGACAGCCAGGCUGCUUGAGGCUGCCUCCCAGCUGAUGUUAUUUUAAGCUUCAGCCCUCAUCUGUCUGUUUGUCACGGCUGUGGGUGCUUCCUGGGAAGAAGUGUCCGACUCCUCCUCUUUCUGCUGAGUGACAGUGUUGGUCUUGAUCCAUUUCUAGUAGACUGACUAUUGCACCAAAGAGUUGCUCACUGAUUCUCCCUGGUGCUGAUGGGAUUAAGAGGAUGUUGUCACUCUCCUCUGGAUUAUACAGAAGCAAGUUAAUGAUGGCCCCCAGGGAAAAGGGACACUGUUAAAUACCUUUUUUAAAGCUCUGACUGAAUUUUGCAUAAAGGCCAAAGAGAUGGUUUAGCAAUAACUCAUUUCAGAAUGAAAAAAGAACUUGGUUGUAAUAGCUAAAAUUGUCUCAAUUUGUAUACUUCCGUUAGUAUACUUUUUAUGUAGUACAAUGUGCACAAUGGCAAAUUGCAACCGGAUGGAGUAAUAGGGACAACAUUUUAAUGUGAAUGUUGUUCGCUCACCUGAUCAUUCUUUUGAAACUUUUCCUUGCUUGUGUGUGCUCCCUGUUUCAUGUGAGGUGGAAAAUACGUCACCGCCCGUGUCGCCAUUUGAAUAGUGCGGUGUUUACCGUAGCAAACGCAACCACUGCAGCUUCCUAAGCUGCCCUUUUUACAAGUUUGGUGGUCUCGCCCUUUCAGCUUUGUAGCUUAGAUGGCAACCACUAAGGGUGAGGAGUGUCCUGCCUUCCACACACAACUUUAUGAUUCUUAUGAGUACACCAUCCGGGUGCAUUUUUACAUACUUGUCAGUGUGAAUGAACUUAUGCACUCAAAUAGCAAGUGUUAGUACGCAAGAACGUAAUUUGAGACGCAGCAUAGGACAAGGAUUCACAUUUAACUUUGAGUACCAAUGUGACUCUGCUGAAGGCGCCCUGACGUUCACCAUAAUUAAGCUUGAAAAGGUUAAAUAUAGCAGCUGCAGUAGAGGUUAGGAACCACAG